AUGAGGUCACGCUUUUAUAUUCGGAUCCCUAAAAUAGAUGGAAUCCCUAUGCAUGAUCUCCAGUCCAACCCUCUCUACGUUCAGAUUGCAGAUGAAGCAAACGGAGAAACAACGAAAACUCAGGAACGUAAUCCUGACGAUCUUAAUUUUGACAAUGAGACGCUCUGCUUUACUCCAAAACAGUUAGAAGGCGUAUACAACUUUAUGCUUAAAUCCAAAACAGCUAGUGGCGAAAAUGUUUUAGCAAAUGUUAAAAUACCACUUCAGGCAAUACCAAUCGAUAAAAAAGUCAAAAUAAAAGUUGAAAUGACGAGAAUAAUGGUAUCAGCUCAACCUUGGAUGACUGUAGUUUUGCAUUUUGAUACAAAAGGAAAGCAACCGUUUGACUGUUCUAAAGGCAGAUUUGAUAGAUCUAAAGCUCCUAACAUAGUCGUUGGGUCCAAAAAAGGUCACGGAAUGGCUUCUCAUCAUAAUUCUUCCUCAGAACAUCCCGAUAGUGCCGGCGUACCAGAUACAAUUCCAGAAUUUACAGAAGACAUACAGGAUGAUGAUUCUUCGGAAAUUUUGCCACCAUCGUAUUCAUCCCAACACGGCGGCAAUCGUGAUAAGGCCAAUUUCCCUCCGAAUGAUAAUCCAGGAAAUCAUCCACAGUUCCGAGUCCCUGGUAAGGUUACCUUUGCAAAUCCAAAUCAAGGUCAAGGCGACUUCCCGAUGAACUUAGACUUAAAUGAUCCAUCUAGAGGCCUUCACUCGAAUCCCAUCAGUCAAUACGCAUCUUUACCUCAUGGAAAUUACGGUGCAAUGCCUCCUCCAGUUUUACCAACAGCACCAACACAAUUUCCACAGCCAUUACCUACCGGACCAGGUGGAUUCCCUCCAAUGGCCGGCGGAGUUCCACCAAUGGGAAUGCCGAUGGGUGGAGGUGGAAUGGGACCAUCCUUUGCCCCGAUGGGACUUCCACCAGCACAAGGAAGAUCUCCAAAGGCUUUCUAUUCAAAUCCUGCACAGCCUCGCUUACACAAUGUUAAUUAUAAUCAAGUCCAAGGAAUGAACCCACCAAAAGAGAACGCUCCUAGAUUUAACAACCCAUACUUGAAAUCAGGAGCACCACAGAUGCCAGUUGGAGAUGAAGAUGACCCAUUAAAUCCACAGCAAAAUUCAAAUCCAAAUUUAGCGAACCAAAUUCAACAAAAUAUUAGCCGUCAGAUGGCAUUCUUAGACACAAAGAAUCAACAGACAUACAACCUUGGCGUUGGGCCUUCAGGUGGAUUCCAAAAUCAACCAAAUUACAAUCAGCAGUUAUACGCUCAGCAAAUGGCACAGACACAGUACCAGCAACAAUUGGCACAACAAUAUCCUCAGCAGAUGACCGGAGGCUAUGGAGUUCCGUUACCAGCUCAAUAUCAGAGCGCACAAGCUUUAUAUCAGCCUACUCAGUAUACACAACAACAGUAUGGUUACCAAUCUCCAUCUCUUUAUGCUACUCAGCCAUAUCCGCACUACCCGCGUUGA